CCACCAGAAAACAAGAGCUGGAUGAAGCCUGGGUCUCCAUGAUAGUGAAGGAUACACAGCCCUUCAGUAUUGUGGAGGAUGUGGGAUUUAGGGACUUAGUGUCUAAAUCAGACCCUACCUAUGUUCUCCCCACAAGGCAGGCUCUAAAGGCCAUGGUGGAUGUCAAAUACACCUCAGCAAAGGACAAGGCCAAAGCUAUAGUGCAGAAGGUGGCUGCAGUAAGCCUUACUUCUGAUAUGUGGACAUCCAUUAACAUGGAGGCCUACCUGGCAGUUACCUGCUAUUUUGUUGACGAAAACACCCGUCUGAAUUCAGUAUGGUUAGGAGUACUGAAAUUCCCUCUCACACACACUGCUGAACAUUUAGCGUGUGUGAAAGCCUCCCUCAUGGAGGAAUGGGGAAUCACCAAUAAGGUAACAUGUCUAGUUACUGAUGGUGCAGCUAAUAUGAUUGCCUGUGGCAGGGAACUGAGGCUCCGCCACACUAUCUGCAUAGCUCACACACUGAACCUGAUAGUAAGAAAGGCUCUUGAACUGACCCCCGUACUCUCUGACAUCCGGACCAAGGCGAGGAAGCUGGUUGGAUACUUCAGAAGUAGCACCACUGCUAAGGUAUGUUCUUUGACUUUAUUACAAUUUUUGAUAAUGCUAAUAUUUUGUUUGUGUUACUGCUGCUGUGACGGAAUUAAUUGCUAAUCCGUAUUUUUUUAAAGGAGAAGCUUGCACAGGUGCAACAAGAAAUGGGGAGGCCAAAACUGAAGCUUCUCCAAGAAGUUGACACCCGCUGGAACAGCACCUUCCACAUGCUGCACCGUCUGGUGGACCUCAGAGAGCCAGUGGGGGCGGCUUUAGCCGGUCUACAAACUGACAUCCCCUCACUGACCUCAGAGGAAUACAACACUGUCAGUGGGUGCCUGUCAUUGCUGUCAUCAUUUAAUGAUGCAGGUGUGGAGCUCUCAGCUGAGGAAAAGGUUUCCGGAUCAAAGGUAGUGCCACUGCUGAAAAUGUUGGAACAGAUGCUGCAGGAAGACAUCACAAACACGACAGCUGCAGUGGCAAGGGAAAUGGGAGACCACCUCAUAAGGCAGCUGAGGGAGAGGCUACACACCUUUCAAUCAAUGAGCAUCAUGUCACUAGCAACACUACUGGACCCAAGGUUUAAGGUAAUAGGGUUUUUCAGUUCAACCAAAGCCACAGAAGCAAUAAAAAGGCUAACAUCCGAGUGUACAGCCCCUAUUAGGUCUGCUCAAACCCCGGAGUCAGAUCAGCCAUCAACAUCACAGGAUGCUCAACCUGCAGCCCAAGGUAACAAACUGUGGCUUCAUUUGGAUGACAGUGUCAUGCAAGCCAGGAGAAUCCAGAAUGUGACAGCAGAUGCCACUGUGGAGGUCCAGCGGUUCCUGUCGGAACCAAACAUCGGACGAAUGGAGGACCCUCUUUUGUACUGGGAAAGACAAAAAUGUAUCUACCCAAAUUUAUACAAACUUGCUGUUGGAUUUCUAUGCACCUCAGCCUCAUCGGUGCCUUGUGAAAGAGUGUUUUCAAAGGCGGGACAAGUUGUAUCAAAAAAAAGAAAUCGCCUCAGCCCGAACACGGUCGAGAAGCUUCUGUUCCUGAAUAAAAAUGAAUAAAGUCUCCCCUGUAUUGUACAUCGUUGUCCUAGUUACACAAGCACAUUCAAUGCCCUCUGCCUGGUUAAA